AUGAUGACAAUUCAUCCCCAACAAGUGCCUAAAGAAAGAGUGCUUGAUUUUGACUGUAGUCAACGCCAUCCAGGUGAUACAGAACCUCACAUCACCAUCGACGACUUUGGCACCUUGGAGACCUUAGAAGACGCACUGCUCCAGCUCCGCAAACAGCCAAUCACGGCAUCCCUUCUCGAGUACUCUGAACUUUGGACCCUGGGUCCGGAUGAAAUUUACCGCGGCCCUACAAAGGAGGGUUCAGGUUUAAUCGGUCAACACGGAGUCGAGAUUGUCGACAUCCAGCUUCACGGAGAUAAUGAAGUCGUUGCUCUCUGCAAAUCGAGCAACGGCACAAAAUUCGGCCGUCUGGGAUACUUCCGAGUCUCACUAUGUACUCGCUACAUGAUCGUUGGCAUUGAUGAUGAUACAGAGGAUAUUAUACCAACGGAAACUCCGCAGCCCUUGCUCUUCAAUUUCAUCUACCCGAUCAUAGAUAUUCCAAAGCCCGAAGGCGAAGGCAAAGCUGAAGGCGAAGGCGAAGGUGAAGGUGAAGGUGAAGGUGAAGGUGAAGGUGAAGGUGAAGGUGAAGGUGAAGGUGAAGGCGAAGCUGAAGGCGAAGGCAAGCCUGAGCCUGAGCCUGAGCCUGAGCCUGAGCCUGAGCCUGAACCUGAACCCACACACAAGAGGAAGCGUCAUAACUCAGGAAGAAGAGGGCCGUCCCAUGACCAUGGAGAUAAGAAGAAGAAGCAGAGAAGUGGCUGAGAAGAAGAAGCUGGAUUUUGGAGCUGUGUGAGAGAGUGAGAGCUUUUUUUUUUUUUUUUUUGGAUUAUCCUGAAAAUAACAAACAUCUUUGAUUUCGGGAACUUAUAUCUGUGUGAGUCAUUUACAAGACUUAGUAACUCAUCUCUCCUCGGUUAGUAAUAUGUUUUCUAAAAUUGAUACUUUAUAAAUCUAUUUAAAUUUAGAAUUUGAAAAAGAAAAGAAAAAUACUAUCAGAUACUGUUUUACAUUUCUUUUGUUUAGCUAUGUACUCUCUUGGGUAUUUUAACUUUAUACUUUGUGAUC